CUUGGGAAGUCAUCAUCCUCAAGCUUGAGUGAGCCACCAUUGAGUGAGACAAUUUUGUAACAUCCUUCAGGAAAGUCCGGAGUUUUCCCCAACAGUGGUAUCAGAGCCAGGUUCACCUGAAAUCGUCAUUAGCUCGUACAGUUCAAGAUGGAGGAUAACGUCGCUCAUGAUGGAGACAUGUUCAAGCUCACCACCAACAACUACUCAUAUUGGAAGCCGAUGAUGGAAGAUCAUUUAUAUUGCAAGGAUUUGCAUGAGCCCAUCAUCUACAAAGAGAAGGUUGAGGGAAAGAGUGAUGCCCAAUGGGAGCUACUCAAUCGCAAGGCCGUUGCUAUGAUCCGUAAGUACAUAGACAAAUCUCUCUUCGAGCAUGUUUCUACUUACACAAAUGCUUAUGAAUUAUGGACUAAGCUUGAGUCCAUGAUUCAAAAGAAGACACCUCGUAAUAAGGCCAAUUUAGUUCGACGGUUGGUGAAGUUGGAGUAUAAGGAUGGUCAUAGUAUGAUUGAACACCUUAACAAUUUCAAGGGACUCGUAAAUCAAUUAACCAAAAUUGAGAUGAAGAUUGAUGACGAUUUGCAAGCCCUUCUACUCCUGAGUUCCUUUCCGGAAAGUUGGGACACACUUUUG